CCUCGAUAAAGAUGCCCACACAACGCUCAUGAGUGCUUCUACGCUGUCUGGGCUUGUUUACCGGUGGGCUAGAGCUUGGCCCAUUCUUGAGUUUUCAUUAGAGGGUCCAAUAGAGUGAGGCUGGGGUUAGAAGUGUAAAUUCGUGAAUUUAUCGCCUGAUUUCGGUUUCGGUUCCUGGAAAAUCCCAAUCUAACAAGCUUCCAUUUUGCUUUUCAACCAGAACGAACCCUAAUCCCUAAAUCAGUAAAAUAAGUGAGAACGAUGCUGAUCAGACAGUGAGCGACUGCGAGAGGCUUCAUCUUCGUUCAAACACGGAAGACCACCUCCGGCUGGCGGUGUUACGGCCAUACACGGUAUUUGGGACAUAUUUUUGUGAACUAUCUACAAUUGGAGUUUGAUUGACAUGGCAACUAAGCGACACGUUGGUUAUAGUCCUCUCCCUGGUGAUGAUGAUAAUGAUGCUUAUGGGGGAAGAUCGAAUGACCCUCGGUUUGACUAUACACCCAAGUCUUUUGAUAAAAUCCCAUGGAAAUCCAUUGCACUUGCACUUUUCCUUCUCUUUCUUGGAUCAUUGCUUCUCUUCCUUUCAUUCUUCAUCUUAACCGGUCACAUGGGAGGAGAGCGCUCCCAAGCCUAUGGGCUUUUAGCCCUUGGAAUUCUCACUUUCCUCCCAGGUUUUUAUGAGACUCGCAUUGCAUAUUACUCUUGGAGAGGUGCGCAAGGCUAUCGCUUUGCUUCCAUUCCCGAUUAUUAACCAAAGCAUGUGGCUGUGGCUGUGGCUGUGGCUGUGGCUGCUGAAUCAAGCCAUAAUCUAUGAAACGACUUCACACCUCCCCAUUGUAUUUAUUAAUAGAACCACAAGGAUCCAUCGUCUGUAUGUUUGCUCCUAUGCUCGGUAAUUAUAACUCUUCAAUUAGAUUCUCUUGCCGUAACCUGUUUCUGUUGUAUAUGGAAAGCUCUUGUGUAUGGGACUAAAAAGAAGGCGAGAGAGAGAGAGAGAGAGAGAGAGAGAGAGUUUCAGGGAGGAGGCAAAAGGAAUGCUGUCUGCUUGGGCUUCCAUUGCCAACCCAACCCUUCUCUCGUGUAAUGAAGGAAUGACUGCGUUGAAACUUGCUCCA